CUGGCGUCUGGCUUCUACCCGCCAGGCCCCCGCGUCACGGACUCGCGAUGGCCAAGCGCAGCUCUCUGUCCAUCCGCAUCGUGGAGGGGAAGAACCUGCCCGCCAAGGACAUCAAUGGCAGCAGCGACCCCUAUUGCAUCGUCAAGGUGGACAAUGAGCCCAUCAUCAGGACAGCCACUGUGUGGAAGACCCUGUGCCCCUUCUGGGGCGAGGAGUAUCAAGUGCACUUGCCGCCCACCUUCCACGCCGUGGCCUUCUAUGUCCUGGACGAGGACGCACUCAGCCGGGACGACGUCAUCGGCAAGGUCUGCCUCACAAGGGACACCCUGGCCUCCCUCCCGAAGGGUUUCACCGGGUGGGCCCACCUGACCGAGGUCGACCCUGACGAGGAGGUGCAGGGCGAGAUCCACCUGCGGCUGGAGGUGGUGCCCGGGACCCCGGCCCGUCGGCUGCGCUGCUCUGUGCUGGAGGCCAGGGACCUAGCCCCAAAGGACCGGAAUGGCGCAUCUGACCCUUUUGUCCGAGUGCACUACAACGGCCGGACACAGGAGACCUCGGUUGUGAAGAAAUCCUGCUACCCUAGAUGGAACGAGACAUUUGAAUUUGAGCUGGAGGAGGGGGCUGCGGAGGCUCUGUGCAUUGAGGCCUGGGACUGGGACCUCGUCAGCCGAAAUGACUUCCUGGGCAAGGUGGUGGUCAACAUGCAGAGGCUGUAUGCUGCCCAGCAAGAGGAAGGCUGGUUCCGGCUGCAGCCCGACCAGUCUAAGAGCCAGCGAGGCGGGGGCAGCCUGGGCUCCUUGCAGCUGGAGGUGCGGCUGCGGGACGAGGUGGUGCUGCCCUCGCGCUGCUACCAGCCCCUGGUGCAGCUGCUGUGCCGGGAGGUGAAGCUGGGCACCCAGGGCCCAGGACAGUUGAUCACCAUCAUCGAGGAGACAACGAGCACAGACCGUCGCCAGGAGGUGGCCACCAACCUGCUCAAGCUCUUCCUGGGGCAGGGGCUGGCCAAGGACUUUCUGGACCUGCUCUUCCAGCUGGAGCUGGGGCGAACCAGUGAGGCCAACACGCUGUUCCGAAGCAACUCUCUGGCCUCAAAGUCCAUGGAAUCUUUUCUGAAGGUGGCAGGGAUGCGGUAUCUGCACGGCGUCCUGGGCCCCAUCAUUGACAGAGUGUUUGAAGAGAAGAAGUACGUGGAGCUCGACCCCAGCAAAGUGGAAGUUAAGGAUGUAGGGUGCUCAGGGCUGCACCGCCCGCAGACGGAGGCCGGGGUGCUGGAGCAGAGCGCACAGACGCUGCGCGCCCACCUAGGGGCGCUGCUGAGCGCGCUCUGCCGCUCCGUUCGCGCCUGUCCAGCGGUGAUCCGCGCCACCUUCCGCCAGCUCUUCCGGCGCGUGCGCGAGCGCUUUCCCAGCGCCCAGUACGAGAACGUGCCGUUCAUCGCAGUCACCAGCUUCCUGUGCCUGCGCUUCUUCUCUCCUGCCAUCAUGUCGCCCAAGCUCUUUCACCUGCGGGAGCGGCACGCGGACGCCCGCACCAGCCGCACGCUGCUCCUGCUGGCCAAGGCGGUCCAGAACGUGGGCAACAUGGACUCGCCAGUUUCCAGGGCCAAAGAAGCUUGGAUGGAGCCGCUACAGCCCACCGUGCGCCAGGGUGUGGCGCAGCUGAAGGACUUUAUCACCAAGCUUGUGGACAUAGAGGAGAAGGAGGAGCUGGACCUGCAGCGAACCCUGAGCUUGCAGGCACCGCCUGUGAAGGAGGGGACGCUCUUCAUCCACAGGACCAAGGGCAAGGGCCCCCUCACGUCCUCCUCUUUCAAGAAACUCCACUUCUCCCUCACCACCGAAGCCCUCAGCUUCGCCAAGACGCCCAGCUCCAAGAAGAGCACCCUUAUCAAGCUCGCCAACAUCCGGGCAGCCGAGAAGGUGGAGGAGAAGAGCUUCAGCAGCUCGCACGUCAUGCAGGUCAUCUACACGGACGAGGCCGGCCGGCCUCAGACUGCCUACCUGCAGUGCAAGUGUGUGAACGAGCUGAACCAGUGGCUGUCUGCGCUGCGGAAGGUGAGCGUUAACAACAGUGGCCUGCUGGGCACCUACCACCCUGGCGUCUUCCGUGGGGACAAGUGGAGCUGCUGCCACCAGAAGGAUAAGACAGGUCGGGGCUGUGAUAAAACCCGGUCACGGGUGACCCUGCAGGAGUGGAAUGACCCUCUCGACCAUGACCUGGAGGCCCAGCUCGUCUACCGGCAUCUGCUGGGUGUGGAGGCCGUGCUGCGGGAGAAGCACCGGGAGCUGAGUGGGGACACAGAGGCAGAUGCUAUGCCCGCGGGCUCUGGUGAAGCCCCCACAGACCCGCUGGGCCAGCUGCUCCAGGUGCUGCAGGACCUCCGGGAGGCCCACAGCGCCAGCCCGCCCGGGCCGCCCCCCUCAGAGCCCGGCCGCCUCCUGGAGCUGCAGACGUGAGGCCUGCGUGGAGCCCCCACCUGCCAGGCGCUCGGAAACGACGCUGUGCUCUGGGCUCUGUGCCCAGCCUCCCCCACUGGGGGCCAGCCUGGUCCCCCUCGGUGGGUCUCUGGCCCUUCAUGGUAGACCUGAAGUCUGGGCGACUUGGGUGGCUCCUGGGAGGGCCCGGCCACUCCCUAUGCCCUCUGCAGCUCAGCUUCUCCAGGUACCCUCCUGUCCUGCCUAGGACAGACCCAGCCAGGACAGCCCUGGGGGGGUCCAGGCCCAGAAGACCAGGCUGCCUCAUGUCCCCCCAUGCCCCCUCGCUUAUGGCCAUGACCCCUGCGGCUCCCCUGUCCCCCCGCUGCCUGGCCCCUGAGCAGGGCACCAGGUGCCCUACAGCCAACAAUAAACUGCUGUGACUGCCAGAG